AUGAACAACGACUCUGCAAAGACUCAUCAAUUUACAGCUCUUAGGAGAAAUAUGAACAGCAGCGAGACACAGCAAAGUCCACCUGCUGCAAUUGAUGGCAGGACCAGGUCCAUUAAAAGAAAGGCCAGUCCUGACAAUGAGACCCCCCAAAAGAGGAAAAGGAUCUCCAUAGAUCAAGCCUGUAACACCCCACAGGAAGAUGACAGUGUGAAAACCGUGAAGAGGAAAGCCAGUGAAAAUGGAGAGGAACCGUCACGGAAGAGAAAGAGGAGCCUUGACCUUCAAGAAACUGAGUCCACGUCCUCCUCAGUGGACACUGUUAGAGCUUCAUUUGAGGAGAAAUACAAAGAGAAGAAGCAACUCGGUGAAGGAGGCUGUGGAUCUGUGUUUGCUGGCUACCGUAAAGCAGAUCAUUUACCAGUAGCCAUUAAACACAUUCCCAAGGACAAACAGUUCUGCAAACAAACGGAUGAGAAUGGGAACCAGCUAUCUGUGGAGGUUGCAAUGAUGCUAAAGCUCAGAUCAGCUGGACACUCUGCACCUGUGUCCAUGCUGGACUGGUAUGAUCUGGACGAGGAGCUCAUACUAGUCCUGGAGAGACCAGUCCCUGCUGUAGACCUCUACGAGUACAUUGAGGCCAACAGAGGACCCCUACAAGAGGAAGAGGCCAAGAUCAUAUUGAAGCAGCUGUUGGAUGCCACCGUAAAGCUUCAGGAAGAACACAUCUUUCAUCGAGACAUCAAGGUGGAGAACAUCCUGAUUGAGACCGGCACUGACGUCCCGCGUGUCCGUCUCAUUGACUUUGGCUUGAGCUGCUUCUUCAAGAAAAGGUCACGUUACAGCGCCUUUUAUGGAACCACGGCUCACGUCCCCCCAGAGUGGUACAGUAGUGGUACCUACAGAGCCGGUCCUACCACAGUGUGGCAGCUGGGAGUGGUUCUGUUUGACACACUGCACAGGUCCUCCUUUGAGACCAAACAGUUCCUGGACGACCAGCUGAAGAUCAGCACAGACCUGUCCAACGAUUGUCAGGAUUUCUUACAGUUGUGCCUGACCAAAGACCCCAAGCAGAGAUCCACCCUGGAGGAACUGCAGUGCCACCCAUGGCUAAGAUAA